UAUCUCUCUAUCUUCAAUCUCGACCUAGGGUUCUCUCUCGUCUUCUCUUUGGUUACGAUUUGAAGACGCAUCUCUCUCUCUCUCUGAUUGUAAUCUAACUCAACCAGCGUACUAUUCAUUCAUCGCACAAUCCGUCUCUCGUUCCCGUCUCGUGGAUAUUUCUGAGCGUUAGUUUCACCGAUUGAUCAAUCAAUACCUCUGUGCGAUGGCGGCAGCUAUGAAGCCUUUCAGAGGACGUGAAUCCGACGAUUCCGGUUUCACAUCGAACAAUCUAUGGGUGGGUAGCAUCACGAUGGAUACAACGGAGUCAGAUCUGACGGAGUUGUUCGGAAGGUUCGGCGAUAUCGACAGAAUCACGGCGUAUUCGUCCCGUGGAUUCGCGUUUAUAUACUACAGACACGUGGAGGAAGCGGUGGCGGCCAUGGAAGCUCUACAGGGGGCGAAUCUGAACGGGGGACUGUUGAAGAUCCAAUACGCGCGACCGGCAAAGCCUUGUAAGAGUCUUUGGGUGGGAGGGAUCAGCUCGAGUGUCUCAAAGGAUCACCUGGAGGAAGAGUUCAGUAAAUUUGGAAAAAUCGAGGAUCUUAGGUUUCUCAGGGAACGCAAGACAGCUUUCAUUGAUUAUUACGACAUUGACGCUGCCUUACAGGCAAGGAACAUGAAUGGCAAGCGAAUGGGUGGCAGCUACUUGCGCGUUGAUUUUCUCCGGUCACAAGCCCCCAGAAAAGAACAAUGGGCUGGCUCUUACGAUAACAGGAACGGCAAUGUGAAUCAUAAACCGCAGUAUCCUCACUCACAUGAAGAUGUCAGAGGAGAUGACCAUCCAAGUAAGGUUCUGUGGAUUGGAUACCCUCCUUCUGUUCAGAUAGAUGAGCAGAUGCUACACAAUGCAAUGAUACUCUUUGGUGAGAUCGAGAGGAAGAAAAGUUACCCGUCAAGGCAUUUUUCGCUCGUGGAGUUUAGGAGCGUGGAUGAAGCUCGCCAAGCCAAGGAAGGGCUACAAGGGAGGUUAUUCAAAGAUCCUAGAAUCAAAAUUAUGUACUCAAACGAUCAGAUACCUCCUGAGCAAGAUGAUACUAGUUUUUAUUCUGGCGUGAAACGUUCAAGGCCAGAAUACAAUGACGUUGCUGGUAUGGAGCCAAACUGGAGAAGGCCGUCUCCAAAUGGAAGUGGAAUACUCCCAUCUCCAGCAGGACAUGGAAUCCUCCCUUCUCCUGCACAAGGUAUGAGGAACCCUAUGAGGUCAAACCCCGGUUCUUGGGAAGGAUAUGAUCCUGCUCUGCUGGACAGAGAAAGCAAACGAACCAGAAGGGAUGGAUCGGUGGAAGGUUUUACUCCAAUGGGUGUAGAUGAGAGGUCAUAUGGGCGUGGCUCUGUUGCUGCUAGGCCGCCUAUCCGUGGUUACGCUGAUUCUGAUUACAUAUGGAGAGGAAUGAUUGCCAAGGGUGGAACUCCCGUCUGUUGUGCUCGUUGUGUACCUAUUGGAAAGGGGAUCGAAACUAAGCUCCCUGAGGUGGUCAAUUGUUCAGCAAGAACUGGUUUGGAUAUGCUCGCCAAACAUUACACUGAAGCCAUUGGAUUUGAGAUAGUUUACUUCUUACCAGACAGCGAAGAAGAUUUUGCGUCUUACACUGAGUUUCUCCGCUACCUUGGCUCAAAAGAUCGAGCGGGCGUUGCCAAACUAGAUGAUGGAACAACUUUAUUCUUGGUGCCUCCAUCAGAUUUCUUAACUGAUGUACUCAAAGUGACCGGUCCUGAACGGCUAUAUGGUGUUGUCCUCAAGCUGCCCCCACCUGCCGUUCCUGUUGCAGCAUCAUACAGACAAGAAUCUCAGUCCAAUCAUCUGUCUUAUAUGGAUCAAUCCCGGGAUUCACCUGCCAGUUCCGGUCACAGUUUAUAUCCUCCGAGGGGUGCACAAGAACAGUUGACAGCUCCUUCAAGACCAUCGAUUAGCGAGCCUCUCAGGAUACCUAACAAUGCAGCGUCUCAAGCUGGGGUUAGUUUAACCCCGGAGCUUUUAGCUAGGCUGGCAUCUUUUCUCCCUGCAGCUUCUCAACCUGCUGCCUCCGAGAGUCACCAAACUAUGUCAGUUACUUCAUCAGUUGCUUCCACAGUACCUCAUCAGUACAAUGGAGAAGCACAGUCUCAAGCUUGGAAUAGAGACCCGCAAACAGUCCAUGACACCUCAAAUCAGUCGUUCCAAUCAUAUGGAAAUCAGUACAAUCCAGCCGGGCAACUACCUCCUCCUCCUCCUCCUUCGCGUUACCCUCCAGCGUCAAACAACUCCAACCCCAACUACUCCGGUGGAAUGGUCCAUGGCAACAUGCAGUACCAAGGCCAAUCUGUUAACAUGCCUCAGAUGACUCAUAAUAACUAUGCCAUGUACAAUCAGGGUUCUCAGCCCAUGACACAGCAAUACCAACCAGAAGCUUCCGUACCAAGCCAAAACUAUGGUCCUGUUCCAGCUUAUCAUCAGCAAGCUAACUAUCAUGGUCCAACAGCAAAUCAGGCGCAUAACUUAAAUCCUUCCCAGUUUCAAGCUGCCAUGCAACCACCACCAGCUGACGUGUCGAACUUAGAGCCACAAAGCCAAGCAUCACAGAUGCAGCCUAUGCUCUCCGGGAAUGGUCAGGGUACAGCAGAUGGGGAGAAGGACGAAAGGUACCAGAAAACACUGCAGUUCGCAGCAAGCCUUCUCCAACAGAUUAAACAAAAUCAGCAGCAACCGCCUUCAGGUACUCCGGCUGGACAGCGGCCUUGAAACUAGCUCCACUCGCUAUCAUAAGGUGGUGAUUUGAGCCAAAAGACCGUUAAGCAUGCUACAACAAACCCGACCAAGAGAGAGUUUUUUUAUUUGUAAGAUGCGCAAGUGUCCAAGCCAGAUUAGGUCCUGCUACCGCAACCAAACGCUCAUGCUCUUAGCUCGUCUUAGUUUUUGUUUCCUUCGUUGUGAUAUUUGGAAGAAACAGCUGUGUAAAAUGUAUUUGAUUUUGGAUCUUUUUUAUACUUCUUUUCCGAAUUAGUGUUUCUUUUGUAUCAAUAAAACAAAUUCUUCAAAGUGAUCUCCUUUUGUUUUGUUACAACA